ACGUCUCUCUCUUAUUCUUGGAUUGAGAGAAGUGCCUCGAAGAAAAAUCUCCACUCUCUCUCCCUCUCGAUCUGUUUCUCACUCUCACUCUACUCACAACAAUAACAACAAAAGCUACGACCUUUCUCUUUUCUCCACAUUUUGGGGUUUUCUUGUCUUGGUGCUUUUGUUCUUACUAACCAAUUAACCAGACCAGCAAACUCAAAAAUAUCUCCUUUCUUUUGGCUUUGUAUCAAUCUGCUUCGAUUACUCAAUUAGUCUAUCGCAAUCACUCCCUAAUUGCAAAGAAGAAACUGAGAAAGUAGUCAGAUUUCAACAUUGUCCUCGAUUCCUUUGGAAAGAUCAUUUAACCUUUGGAGUCUCAACAACUUGAAAAUCAGAAUGCCAAAACCAAGUAUUAGAGGAGGUUUAGAGUUGCCUCAGAGGCAAUCUCCAAGGCUGAGGUUAUCAUCAUCAUCAUCAUCCACUUCCUCUGUUCCGCAUCACCUCCACCGUUCGAUUUCAGACCGGACUCCAAAGCUCGGACUUGACCGUAGAUCUCCGAGGAGCGGUGGGCCUUACACGGAUCCGCUGACUCAGAAGAAGCUUGGAACUCGCAUCUCUGGCUUGGAGUCACAGCUAGGACAAGCUCAAGAGGAGCUGAGAUUGCUCAAAGAGCAGUUGUCUAAGGCUGAGGCUGCCAAGAAACGUGCUCAAGAAGAGCUUAUUCGUAAGAAGAGAUCCAAGAAACCGAACUCUCCUGCUCCGGAGAGAGACGACAUUCCUGGAGAUGUGCAUCAGGAGACUGAUGUGUUCGAGGUUCCUGUUGAGAAAGCAAAAGAAAGUGAGAAGACGAAGAAUGAUGAAUUGGCUUUAAUGGAAGACCAAAUCAAUGUAUUGAAAGCUAGAUUAUACGACAUGGAGAAAGAAAAGGUAUCGCUUGGGAAGGAAAACGAGAGGCUCAAGAGCCAGUUAAAGAAGACGGAUUCAGAAAUGUCCAGCGCAAAGGUGAAAGGGGAUGAGAUAGCUUCAAAGGUGAAUCAGAUUGGGGAAGAACUGGAAGAAAGCAACGAGAACACUGCGAAGCUAAAGAAGAAGCUUGAGUCCGUGGAAGAAGCAAAAGAGAGUCUAGAAGCCGAGAUGAGGAAGCUGAAAGUUCAAACCGAGCAGUGGAGGAAAGCAGCAGAUGCUGCAGCUGCGGUUCUAUCUGGAGGUGUUGAGAUGAAUGGUCGGUUCUCAGAGCGGUGUGGGUCAAUGGAGAAGCAUUUUGCUGGCCGGUUUGUGGGAUCACCGGGAAUGGCAGAUGAUUCUGAUGACGGGAGUGGGAAGAGGAAAGGUUCAGGGAUGAAGAUGUUUGGUGACUUGUGGAGGAAGAAAGGGCAGAAAUAAAGUGUGACAGAACAAAAAAGUAACGUGUGAUUCAAGAAAGCAGUGUGCUUUUUUUACUUAGUGGGAUGGGAUGAUCCAAGUGUGUCUACGAAAUGAUGGCUCAUCAUUUCAGAUUGAAUAAUUAUCUAGAGACCUUCUAGUCAUUUAGACGAUCAUUGUACUGCUUUACCUUAAUGAAAUUCUGAUUUAAUUGCCAAAAUCUGAAAAAACCUCUUAAUCA